CAGUCAUCUUCAUCUCUCAUUUUCCAUUCACUGAUUUUCCAAAAAGAAGAAAAAUGUUACAAGUGAAAAAGGAGCUGAAAAGUUCACAUCAUCCAGAUUUACUACAUUUAUGUCUUUCUUCUCCCAAUUGUAACAGUGAUACUUGUUUUCUUGAAUCAACUCAUGUUACAGGGAAAGUAAAAUCCCAAAUUAACUCUACAAAGGGAUUCUGGACAGAUGAAGAGGAUAAUCUUUUGAUUGAGACAUUCAAGAAGCACGACGGAAGCAACUGGAAAAGUAUAGCUGCAUACUUUCCUGGGCGAACCGACAUUGAAUGCUUCCAUCGUUGGCAAAAGGUUUCGGAUUUUGAUCUUGGAAAGAGAUCAUGGACAAAGGAGGAGGAUGAGGCCUUAAUUGAACUGGUAAGAAAGUAUGGUUUCAAGAGAUGGUCUUAUAUUGCAAAAUUCAUACCAGGUCGUAUUGGAAAGCAAUGUCGCGAAAGGUGGCAUAAUAACCUUGAUCCAGCUAUAAAAAAGGACGCAUGGACGGAGAAGGAAGAAUCAAUACUUGCUUACUAUCACCGAAUAUAUGGCAGUAAAUGGGCAGAAAUUGCAAGGGUUCUUCCUGGAAGGAGUGACAAUGCUAUAAAAAAUCAUUGGAACAGCUCAAUGAAGAAGAAGACGUCUACAUCGCCGAUUAGGCAUGACAUGAAUGUUUCCACUUCCAGUUUCUGCACUUCUCUAAUAAAGCCAGCUGAUGAUCAAAGUUUAAUUGGAAUAGCUUCUCCCCAGCAAAGUCACUGGUUGAAGCACAAUGCUGAUAACCUUCCAACAAGAAUGAUUAUUCGAAAUGCUGAUAACCAAACGAAUUUUGCUGAUAACCUCCUAAGACCGGUCAAUUUAACAAAUGAAAUGGAAACAGUUAUGGGUUGCAAAGACCAUGCCAACUCUACCUUCUCAGUUAAACAUAUGAACUCAUAUUCGGAUAAUUCGUUGGAUAUGUUCACUACAAAUAUGGAUUGUUUCCCUUCUCCAAGUACUGUUACUUGCGAAGCCUACAAGUCUCCCAAAUGGCAACAGGUUUCUUUGCUAGAUUCAAAGUUUUAUGCUGGUAACGAAUCUGACAGUCCCCAUUUGAGCUACUCAAAAUUGGCUAAUCAUGUUGGAAGAGAAAGCAAUGACAAAAGUGACGUGAGCCCGGAAUCUGUACUAAGAAGCUUAGCAAUGACCUAUGAGAACACUCCUUCUAUUAUAAGGAAAAGAACUUCUAGGAAGGGAUGCAAUGCUGCCGACAAUGGCAAGCCUCAAACACCUUCGAGAAUCGAUUUCUCAACUCCUGAAGAAGGAUGUGUAAUUGGCUUUGAUAAUUUAAAACUCAACCAAGGAUUUGUUCCAUUCCUUCCUAGACAUGCAAUGGAAUGAGGAACUAAUGCCUGUAGUAUUUAGUAUAAAAGCCUAACAGAAAUCUCAAAAAUUUCUCUAGUUCUAUUUAAAGACAAGACUUUCUUGCUAAGCUAUCCUUUUCUUGGACAUGCGUAGACUUUGUUUAGAUUAGAAAAGAGUGAAAGGAAAAAAGUAGUAAAAAGGAAUUUGUUAAAAAAAAGUUGUAUGUUAUGUAGAAAAUGAAUCAAUGGUGA